AUGUCAUCAUCUCUACGAAUGGCCACAAAAGAGGAGAACAGAAAAUGGUUGAACGGAAGGGUUCCGUAUGUAAUAUCGGACACAUUUUCGGCCAACAAUAAGGCAUUAAUAUUGAGUGCAAUUGAAAACUUCAAAAAUAAUACAUGUGUGACAUUUGAGAGGAGAACCCCUCAAGACGUGGAUUACGUACUAAUAACUGGAGGACAGGGAUGUAAUUCACCGGUUGGUCGUCAGGGAAGGGCACAGAAUGUGACUUUGGGUGAGGGAUGCCUUUAUUUGCAUACAAUUCUUCAUGAAUUGAUGCAUUCAAUUGGUUUUCUUCACGAACACCAACGCUAUGAUAGAGACGAUUAUAUUGUCAUUCAUUGGCAAAACAUCAGAAGAGGAAUGGAAUAUGAGUUCAAUAAAAUAGAAAGAAGUAAUUCAACGGAUUUAGAGCUGGAAUACGAUUACAAGAGUGUUAUGCAAUACGAAGGAACAGCUUUUUCCAAGAAUGCCAGACCAACUAUGGAGGCCAAACAAAAUGCAACAAAACUUGGCUCAGAGUUAGGAUUCAGUGAAUUGGAUAAAAUCAGAAUCAAUCGCUUUUACGGAUGUUUCAAAAAUUCAACACAAAAUAAUCAAACAGUUCUGACAAAUGACCGCAAUUUAAAUUGUUCAAAAUUAAAAUGGAGUUCAUUUGAUUCAAAUGGUGCGCAAAAUUCACUGGUAAUCGGGGGUAAAGACUCGUUUGGAAAUACAUUUUACGUCUGCAGAGCUCUCAUCAAUAAUCGUAUAAUUGCGGGCCAUAUGUAUGACGGCAUGUGUUAUGUAUUGAAUAGGGAACGAGAAUUGGAGAUUGGUCAAUUUCAAGUGUUAACACAUUUUACAAACGCAUAUAAAUGGCAAUACGUGUCACCGAAGAGACAAUACCUGCCAUCAAAUGCUAUAAUAGGAGGUAAAGACGAGAAAUUAAUAGAUGGCAAUCAAACGACUUAUAUCGGGAGAUGUCUUCUCAAAUACUUCAACUACACGGUCACAGUUAUCGGAGCCUUAGAUUACGCCAAAGAUUCAUUGGAUUCUGAAGAUUACUUUAAUACAACUGAUUUCUCAUAA